AUGAUAUGGCUCACGCCAGACGUGCAGCCCUCGCGCAGCCGGUACAAAGGGACGUUCGGGCUCGCAAACGGCACUCAUCACACGCCCAUUUUGAUACUCAAGUCAGUUCCCCUAUCCCUUUUCCUCGCAAAAGCCAAACGUACGACCCCUCACUGCAACGCCCUCGGGAGCCCGCAGAGGCUCGGAAACAACGCGCGGCUCGUCCAGCAGGCAGACGGGUACGGCCAUACUACGCUCAGCCAGCUGUCGCUCUGCAGCUGGAAGAUCCUGCGCGCGUACCUGCUGGAAGGCGUGAUUCCGGAGAAUAGCCAUACCGUGUGCGACGUGGAUGAGCAGCCGUUCGUGCCGCUCGUGGUGAACCCUACAAAGUCGGCGUGCCUGGAUGCGGAGACGGUGGCUGCGAUAUAUUCCUUGUAUGUGGCCACAGAGAGCUCGCCAUAA